UUAUUACAACAUAUCCGUUUUUACUCUUUCUUUACUAUCCAGUGUCUCAACAAAACCCUAAUCUACUGCAAACCCUCACCUCCUUCUCUCUCUCCAACCCCACAUCAGUCACCACCCCUCUUUCAUUUCUGUCUCCUUUCAAGAAUCUAUCCUUACUGUGUUAUUCUUGGUGGGUGUUUGACUAUGAUCACAACCUACCCAUUUUAUAUAAGCCACAAUUCCAUUUAUCCCCUUUCUUGAUCGAACAAAUUUGGGUUUUAAUGGGUUUUUUCUUGCUUUAUUCUAGCUUUAUCAGCAUUGAAUUGAAGUGGGUUUCUGUGUAAUUGUCAGAAAAAAUAGUUCAUUUUUUUUUGUUUGAGUUCUUGGGUUUUAGGUUGAAUUGAUGGAAUGAAUUUGUUUUUCUUGAGGUUUUGUUGGUUUAUUCUAGCUGAAGAAUCCUUGAAUUGAAAUGGGGGUUUGUGUCAAAUUGUGUAAUUUUUGAAUUUUUUUUUUGUUGUUUUGUUGUUUUGAGGUUUUUGGAGUGAGGGUUUUAGGUCAAUUUGAUCGAAUAAAGGAUUGGUUGGUUACGAUUCGAGUAAUGACAACGGCGGAGAAUGACAGUGUUGAUGAUCGUAAGGAGGUGAACGAGAGUGUAGGUGAUGGAGGUGGCCCAAAGUCACCAUGGAAAAGACCAGUUGAUAAGGUGGCUGAUUCCCCUGUUAUGGGAGCUGAUGCUUGGCCUCCUCUUGCUGAUGCUCAGCGCCCUAAGGUCCCUGAAGCUCCUCCGAAAUUGCCGGUUUCCGAGGGCGGCAAUUCCGGUGGACAUCACAUUGCUAGUAAUGCACAGGGCUCUUCUGGGCAACAUAAAUCUUCAAAUGCUAGACAUGGGCACAACCAUCAUCACAGAAAUGGAUCAAGGCGUAAUCCAAAUAGUGUGCCUCCUUUCCCUGUUCCUCAUGUACCAUAUUAUCAGCCAGUACUGCCACAUGUGUUCCCUCCCAUGGUUCCUUCUCCUGUUCCGCUUCCUGGAUAUGGUUACCAGUCAUGUCCACCCCCUUUCCCAGGGGCUGAGGCUGGCAGUGAAACUCUCAUGCAAAAUUUUAUUCCAUCCAGUCAUGGUGUUGAUGCCAAUAGAAAUGUACAAUCUCCACGAGAUCCAAAUGUUAGUGGUCCCAACUCCUCCAGCAGGAGACCCAAUGUUCCUGAAGGUGUUGCUCAACCAUAUCCUUUGUGGCAUCAUCCCCGAGCAUUUGGUCCUAGAGAUGGUGUGAUGCAGCAAGCCAUGGCAAGGGCUUAUCCAAGACCUUUUUUUGGGCCAGCUCCAUCAUUUGUUGGCGGACCAGGCUUCCCUGGUGCUGCCCCAGUUUAUUAUAUGUCUCCUGCUCCUCCAGGUUCAGUCAGAGCACCAUUCCCACCACAAUUUGCUUCACAUCCUAUGAUUUCUAUGGCACCCAUGCUGCCUCCAGAGACACUAGCAUUGAGGGAUAGCAUAGUAAAGCAGAUUGAGUACUAUUUCAGUGAUGAAAAUUUGCAGACUGACCAUUAUUUGAUUUCUCGAAUGGAUGACCAAGGAUGGGUUUCGAUUUCCGUAAUUGCUGAUUUUAAAAGGGUCAAAAGAAUGAGUUCAGACAUAUCAUUUAUUCUAGAUGCACUUCAGUGUUCUAGGGCUGUGGAAGUUCAGGCUGACAAGGUAAGAAAACGUGACAAUUGGUCAAAGUACGUUGCUGCUGUCGAGCAUGCAUCUCCAAUAAAAGCUCAGAUUACCAAGGAUCAAACUACAGGCAUAGUUAAUAGCAAUGUAGAGAAUGAUAUGCUCAAUGAAGCUAGAAAGGAUGGUGCAACUGAAGAAUCUGUCAUUUGUGCACCAAGUAGUGUCAGUGUAGCAAAGGCAUCUAGGAAUGAUGGUAAACUUGAAGGUGAAGAUAGUACCAGUGCUUAUCAGAGCAGUGAGAAGGCUGUACAUGAUAGUGAUAAGCAAGCACUGGCUCAUGAACAGCCGUACUCAAAUGAGAAGCUUGGAUCCCAAGUGAGUGUCAAAUAUGAAGCGCCAGAUGUGGGAAAUAGCUUCAUCAAUUACAAGCAAUUAAAAGCCUCCGAGCCUACAAGGGGUGUUUCUCAUGAAAUGGACAUAGAAGAGCAAUGUGAAUUUUCAAAUGUUGAUGAUCUAUCUUCUGAUUUUUCUGGUACUUUUUUGCUUGAUGAAGAGCUAGAGAUUGAGCGGAAAAUGCAAAAACAGGGUGUACAUAGAUCAUUUAGAAGGAUUGAGGAUGAAGAUGAAGAGUUAGUGAUCAAUGAUCAGGAUGUUGAGAGACUUGUCAUUGUCACACGGAAUAGCAGUCUGCUUGGAGCUGGAAAUGAAGUUCAGAAAUCUAAUAGAAUAUCCAAUGAGCUUGCAUCUGAAAUCAACGAUGGUCUUUACUUCUAUGAGCAGGAACUCAGAACAAAAAGGUCUAAUCGCAAAAAGAUGAAUAUUAAUAAGGAGGACAAAGAUGAGAGCUCUAAGUCGCCUAAUAUUCGAACUGGUGUAGUGAACAUCAGGUCUGUUGAAAAUUCUUCUGGUGGUCAAGGUUGUGAUGAGAUUGGAAGUCAUGUUAACAGAAGUAAGCAAAGCAAAGGGUCUGCUAAACAGCAGUCAAGCCACAGACAAAGAUUUUUCUCAAAUAAUUCCAAGAACCAUGGAGGAGGUCGCAACUCCUUUGGAGUUAUAUCAGAAAGUCCUCCAAGUAAUUCGGUUGGAUUUUUUUUCAGUUCUACUCCACCUGAAGCUCAUAGUCUCAGAUCUUCAAAAUUGAGUGGCUCGCCACAUGGAAAUGUCGCAGCAAGUAGCCCUCCGGUUGGCUCCUUGCCAAAAUCCAUUCCUCAGUUUCAGCAUCGAAGUCACCAGUUAUUACAGGAAAAUGGCUUUGAACAGCAGAAGUACCGGAAGUAUCAAAAGCGGUGCUUAAAUGACCGAAAGAAGUUAGGAAUUGGGUGUAGCGAGGAAAUGAAUACUCUGUAUAGAUUUUGGUCAUAUUUCCUUAGAGAUACAUUUGUUCCCUCAAUGUACAACGACUUCCGGAAAUUUGCUCUGGAGGAUGCGGCUGCUAAUUACAAUUAUGGACUGGAAUGUUUGUUCAGGUUCUAUAGCUAUGGGUUGGAGAAGAAAUUCAGCGAAGACCUUUAUGGGGAUUUUGAGCAGCUUACUCUCAAUUUUUACAAGAAAGGCAAUCUUUAUGGACUUGAAAAAUACUGGGCAUUCCACCAUUACCGGGAAGUACGUGAUGGCAAAGAACCCUAUAAAAAGAAUCUGGAGUUGGAGAGGCUGCUUAGAGAGGAGUUUUGUAGUUUAGAUGACUUUCACCGUGCCAAAGAGAAGCCUGAAGUGAAGGAUGACAAUCUGCCAUUGGUAUCGACGCCUGCCCCUAUACCGGCUUAAGUGCGAGUGCCAAUCCAAUUUUGAGAAGCAAUGUCUAACAUCAUAGAUGAAAAGAGGCCGAGCUCGCUGCCAAUUUGUUUCUCCCGAGAGUUUUGCCUGUGGAUUUUGGCUGAUUUGAGGGUGUAUCACCUGAUGGAUUCUUUUCAGGCUAGUAUACCUCCAAUCAUCUCCUUUCUUUAAUCCAUUGGCAGUCUUUCAAUGUUUGACCCCUUACUGUUGUCCUGAGGUAUUUUAAAGCUUGGAGAGGCAUCUGUGCAUUGGAUUUGACUCUUUUUUUUGGGAGUAAUUUGUACAUAUAGAGAAUUGUUGGACCCAAAAUAGAGGAAAACUUUGAAACAAAAAAAAAAAAAAAAAAAAAAAAUAGAUAACCAAUUGACUACAGAAAAAUGUUUUCCAAUCCUUUUCAAGUGUUCUUUGUGUUUUCAAUUAUUUCUUUUCUGCUGUACAAAUGUCACAGGCGCGUGUAUACUUCGACCUGUUUUGC